AUGAGAGCUGGAUUUGACGUGGUUCAAGGUGCUCUUGAGUUGAUCCAGCCCCAUGAACAAUGGGACUACAACAACACUCUUGGUGCUUAUGUUACCUCAACUGCGACAACUUCAAGCUCAUUGAAUGGUUUUAGCGACUACAGUUCAAAGGCGCCUGCAAACAUAGAGAGACCAAACGAGCUCUCUGAAUGGGUUGAACAUGUUACCAAGACGCUCGUUGAAGACUUGCCUCAAGAGUCCAACCUUGAAGAUCAGAGCUUCCACACGGAUGCCACUUUGCCAGCUGCUAAUUACGGUGUUGUUUCACCUGACGUGUGUGAAACAAGACCUCGGAAGAUAGCCAGGGGGAACUGGUCGGAUGAUGUUAGGUCAUGUGGUGAUCAGGGUAAUAAAGGGUUGAAUUUGAUUGCGCUUUUGUUUGAGUGUGCAGUUGCUAUUUCGGUUGAUAAUUUGGGUGAGGCUCAUAGGAUGGUUCUUGAGUUAACCCAAAUGGCUUCUCCUUAUUCACCUUCUUGUGGUGAGAGAGUUGUUGCUUAUUUUGCAAAAGCCAUGGCUAGUAGGGUUGUGAACUCAUGGCUAGGGGUUUGCUCACCAUUGACUAAUCACAAGCUCAUUCAUGGUGCUUUUCAAGUCUUCAACAACAUCUCUCCUUUUGUCAAGUUUGCUCAUUUCACCUCUAACCAAGCCAUUCUCGAGGCUUUUCAACGUCGAGAAAGGGUCCACAUAGUGGACCUUGACAUCAUGCAGGGUUUGCAGUGGCCAGCACUGUUUCACAUAUUGGCCACACGAAUGGAAGGGCCACCGCAUGUGAGGAUGACUGGCAUGGGUACUUCCAUGGAACUUCUUGUGGAAACAGGGAAACAACUCUUGAAUUUCGCAAAACGUCUAGGAAUGUCUUUCGAGUUCCAUCCUGUGGUCAAGAAAUUCGGAGAUGUAGCUGAUCUCUCCAUGCUACAAAUCCGAAGAGGUGAUGCACUAGCUGUACAUUGGCUUCAACAUUCGCUUUAUGACGCCACAGGGACUGACUGGAAAACCAUGAGACUCCUUCAAGAACUCAAACCUCGAAUCAUCACCCUUGUCGAACAAGACAUAUCCCACGGAGGCUCAUUCUUGGAUCGUUUUGUUGGUUCCCUCCAUUACUAUUCUGCCAUAUUCGACGCUCUUGGAGCGUUCCUCCCAAGCGACGACAACAGUCGCCACCGUGUUGAGCACUCGUUGAUCCAUAGAGAGAUCAACAACGUGCUUGCGGUGGGCGGACCAGGGAGGAGCGGUGAGGAUAAAUUCAGGGUGUGGAGAAGUGAACUUGGGAGAAAUGGGUUUUUACAGGUACCAAUGAGCGGGAACUCACUGGCACAGGGUCAAUUGAUUCUUAACAUGUUUCCACCAACACAUGGAUAUACUUUGGGUCAAGUGGAUGGGACGCUUCGGUUAGGGUGGAAAGAGACUGCUUUGUACACUGCUUCUGCCUGGACUUGUCAUGUCUCAAGAUAA